GCAAUCACGUGGCCUCAUCUUGGACGAAAGAGAGCCGAAAUAGGAGGUACCGGCCAUUUUCUGAGGGACUGUCGCUGGUGCUGCCGCUGUAGCUGCCGUCUGCUCGCCCCAGAAUUGGGUGUCCUCCGCCGUCGAGGCCUCACCAGUUGUUUGCAUUUCUUUCUUUCCUCUAUCCCACUGCCGAACCUGAGAGAGCCCCGGGCGAACCCAGCCGCGGCCUUUUCCCCCCGAGCAGCGCCCAGCCACAGAAUCGCAUGUCCACUAUCCAGAACCUCCAAUCUUUCGACCCCUUUGCUGAUGCAACUAAGGGUGACGACUUACUCCCGGCAGGGACUGAGGACUACAUCCAUAUAAGGAUCCAGCAACGAAACGGCAGAAAGACACUAACUACUGUUCAAGGAAUUGCAGAUGACUAUGACAAAAAGAAGCUUGUGAAAGCCUUCAAAAAGAAAUUUGCCUGUAAUGGUACUGUGAUUGAACAUCCUGAAUACGGGGAAGUGAUCCAGUUACAAGGUGACCAGAGGAAGAACAUUUGCCAGUUCCUCCUGGAGGUUGGCAUUGUUAAGGAGGAGCAGCUGAAAGUUCACGGCUUCUAAAAUGUGUGUGCUUAUAUGAAAAACUCUGCAAGUUUUGUUCUUAUCCAAGCUGGUCAAUCUGUGAAAUAUGAUUAUUUGCAGUAAAUGGACUUCCCUUUCAAAAUCUGGUUUGCUUUUGCAUGAGUGCAGAAAACAUAUGGAGUGUAAACUAGAAACACAUAAGAAAACUGCAGUAAGAUGGUAAUACAAGGUCCUCAAGAAUUUUAACACAUUUCCAAUGGAAAUGUUCUACUGCUGAUAGUUCAGUGUAUUACUUUUCACCUGAUUUAAAUGUUGUAUUGAAACCAUGUGUGUUGCAGAUUAAAUAAAAUGUCUCUUAUCUUAA